AUUAUUGGAAAGAGAACCUCACUCGCGACAACAUGGCAGAGGAGCAUUACAAUGACGACGAGCUAAGCCCGCCGGAAUGGCUGAAUGUUCAGUUCAUAACCGAAGUUCUAAGUGGCUACGAAAAGGUCAAUGAACUCGAGGUUACCAAUUUGUCCUUUACCCCGGCAAGUGCUAAAGGAGAUCACUAUGCCAGCAUUAUGUUUCGCGCCAAGGUGGAGUAUCGAACCCCGAAGGGAAACUUCGCCAAGUCUCUGAUCAUAAAAACAAUGCCCGAGGAGGAGGGUGCGAAGAAGGACAUGUUUACAGAUUCCCCAAUGUUCAUCACUGAGAUCGGGAUGUACAGCAAAGUACUGCCAGAGUGGGAGCGGAUCCUCCGGGAAGUAAAUGACACAACCAAGCUGCACGUGGACUGCAUCUACCACAGUCUGCAGCCGCGACAGGUGAUCAUCUUUGAGGAUCUUGUGGAAAUGGGAUAUGCAGUGGUGCGAAAUCGUUGGCUUAUGCAGGAGGAGAUUUGUAGUGCCUACUCCAAGCUGGCUAAGAUCCAUGCCAUAAGCAUGAAAACAAUAAAUGAGCGACCAGAAUACCUGCAGGAGUUUAAAUACGGAAUGUGUGAAAUGCCCGGUUUAAUGGACAGCCCUUUGAUAAACGCCGGAAUGGAUCCCUUUAUAGAACUUUUGGGAAGCACUCCUGAAUUGAAAAAAUACCAGCCGCAUUUUGAAAAAAUUAAGCUGCACUUUAAGAAUCGAAUUCAGGAGGUGAUGCAAGAGUAUCGAAACAAUCCGCAGCCAGGGUACUACGUACUGUGCCAUGGCGACUUUCACUCCCGAAAUAUGAUGUUCAAGCACAAUAAGGAAACGGGAUGCUUUGAGGACUGUAUGCUAGUGGAUUAUCAGGGCUGCAAUGUGGUUCCAAUGGCCGUUGAUCUGAUGUAUUCCAUCUAUAUGUUGAUGGGACCAGAGCAGCGAAGCCAGGAAUUAGAGUCCUUGUUUAAAUACUACUUUUCCGUCUUGCUGGAGACCCUCCGAAAAAUUGGCUACAAAGGAGAAAUGCCAACGCCUCUUAUGUUUUGGUCCGAAAUGAAACGGCAUAGAUAUUACGAGUUUCUUUUGCUGAGCACCUUCUUGCCAAUCUCAGUGGGUCUGAGAACCCAUGGCAUGGAUAUAGGAGAAAUGCUGCACAACGACGAAUCCCGUAAAAAGUGCUAUCAACUGAAGGAAGUUUUUGAAGAAACCAAAGAAAUGUUGGAAAGAUUUGAGAGAUCGGGAUAUUUUGAGGACCUGUAAAAGUAACUUCAAAAUUAUUAUUGUUCAGAUACGUUCGUUCUUUCUGCUAAAUACGGGAAACUCACGCAUGAAUAAAUAAAUCUUUCUCUUGCUUCUCGCUCUGAA